AUGGUUAGGGAAAGGGAAGAGUGGGGGAAGUACCAUGAGCGAUUGCUGAGGCAAGUGAAAACUUUUGAGAAGUCGAAGGCCGCCUUUGACGAGGAGAAGGCGAAGUUCGAAACAGACAAAAAGGCUGAGGAGUGGGGCCGUGAAGGCCUUAAAGGCAAGCUCCGUGCCGCUGAAGAACUCCUCUCAAAGGAACGUGCCGAUUGGAAGGCUAUUUGUGCAAAGGAUAAUGAGCGCAUGUAUGCGGCUCGCUCCAAGAUCACCGAACUUGAAGGUCAAGUUGCGGAUCUGAAGAAGAAGGUGGAGGAUGCGCAAGCUGUCAAGGAACAGGCUGAGGCUGAGCUUAAGGCGCAAAUUUCUGGCAAGGAUAGAGAUCUGUCUGCCAAGGACGUUGAAAUCGCUGAAUUGAAGCGUCGUCUGCACAAGCAGAUUGAGAGGAGCGAGUCCUUGGAGAUUGAUCUUGAAGCUGAAAAGUCAAAAGCUGCCACUGCCGAGGAAGCCAAGCAUAAGGCCGAGAAGGCGCGAGACAUUAGUACAACAGCUCUCAAUGUGACGCAGAACAACUAUUCUGAGGCUCAAGGUAUCGUUGAUACUUUGGUCUCUGAAGCUGAGUGGCUGCGCCGCCGAGGAAUAGCUCUGAUGGCCAACUCCGUCUUGAAUGCUGGGGAGCUAGAUAAAGUUGUUGCUACUUUAAUAGAUGCUUCGCGCGCCGUUGGUCACCGGGGUGGUUACUUGGAGUGUGCGCAACAUGCUUCAGAGAUGUUUGGUCAAGAAUUUGACACUAGUCACUGUUCGGUGACUGAUCAAGCUGAGGCCGAGCUGACUCGCGCUGAACAUGGUUAUGAUAACUUGUCUCUACCGGUGAUGGAUUUGGUUACUGAAGCGUUGAAGCAUGACGACUGGUGUCAUCGAUUAAAGACCAUCCUUGAUCCGCCAUAG